AGUAAAUAGUGGUGAUGUCAUGCAGGCAAGAUGGCGGAAGGGGAGGACGUGGGAUGGUGGCGGAGCUGGCUGCAGCAGAGCUACCAAGCAGUCAAAGAGAAGUCCUCUGAAGCCUUGGAGUUUAUGAAGCGGGACCUGACAGAGUUUACCCAGGUGGUGCAGCAUGACACGGCCUGUACCAUCGCAGCCACGGCCAGCGUGGUCAAGGAGAAGCUGGUUAUUGCAGCCUGUUCCCGGGGCGCUUGCUUCCUCUGCCCAUUCUCUAUACAGACAGAAGGUUCCUCAGGAGCAACAGAGAAGAUGAAGAAAGGGUUGUCUGACUUCCUAGGAGUGAUCUCAGACACCUUUGCCCCCUCGCCAGACAAAACCAUCGACUGCGAUGUCAUCACCCUGAUGGGCACACCGUCUGGCACAGCUGAGCCCUAUGAUGGCACCAAGGCUCGCCUCUAUAGCCUGCAGUCAGACCCAGCAACCUACUGCAAUGAACCAGAUGGGCCCCCGGAAUUGUUUGAUGCCUGGCUUUCCCAGUUCUGCUUGGAGGAGAAGAAGGGGGAGAUCUCAGAGCUACUUGUAGGCAGUCCCUCCAUCCGGGCCCUCUACACCAAGAUGGUUCCAGCAGCUGUUUCCCAUUCAGAAUUCUGGCAUCGGUAUUUCUAUAAAGUCCAUCAGUUAGAGCAGGAGCAGGCCCGGAGGGACGCCCUGAAGCAGCGGGCGGAACAGAGCAUCUCUGAAGAGCCCGGCUGGGAGGAGGAGGAAGAGGAGCUCAUGGGCAUUUCACCCACAUCUCCAAAAGAGGCAAAGGUUCCUGUGGCCAAAACUUCUACAUUCCCUGAAGGAGGACCUGGUCCCCAGAGCCCCUGUGAAGAGAAUCUGGUGACUUCAGUUGAGCCCCCAGCAGAGGUGACUCCAUCAGAGAGCAGUGAGAGCAUCUCCCUCGUGACACAGAUCGCCAACCCGGCCACUGCACCUGAGGCACGAGUGCUGCCCAAGGACCUGUCCCAAAAGCUGCUAGAGGCCUCUUUGGAGGAACAGGGCCUGGCUGUGGAUGUGGGCGAGACUGGACCCCCACCCCCUAUUCACUCCAAGCCCCUAACCCCUGCUGGCCACCCCAGCGGCCCAGAGCCCAGGCCUCCAGCCAGAGUAGAGACUCUGAGGGAGGAGGCGCCCACAGACUUACGGGUGUUUGAGCUGAACUCGGACAGUGGGAAGUCUACACCCUCCAACAAUGGAAAGAAAGGCUCAAGCACGGACAUCAGUGAGGACUGGGAGAAAGACUUUGACUUGGACAUGACUGAAGAGGAGGUGCAGAUGGCACUUUCCAAAGUGGAUGCCUCCGGGGAGGUGAGUGGGCCUGGUGGGUCAGAAGGAAGCGAGCCUAAUGGUCCUGGGUGUGAGAGCUCUCCCCAGCCAGCCCAGCUGUCCCCUCAGGAGGGUCCCUGCUCCUGUCUGAGGUGACAGGUUGUGGGAAAGGAGCUGGAGCUUCCUGCUCAGACCCACAACAGUGGUCAUCAGCAGGCUGCACUUUCCCUCAGUUCCAGGGUGGGUAGAGGGGAGAGUUCUUGACCUUAGCUCUGUAUCAAAGUUGCCUGAGAAACUGCUUAAGAAAACAGAUACGCUGAGUGCGGUGGCUCACACCUGUAAUCCCAACACUUUGGGAGGCCGAGGUGGGAGGAUUGCUGGAGGCGAGGAGUUCAAGACCAGCCUGGCCAAUAUAGUGAGACCCCAUUUCUAUUUUUGAAAAAAAAAAAGAAAGAAAGAAAACAGACAUCAAACCCUGCCUGACCUGUGCUGUGGUCCCCAGGUAUGAGGCCUGAGUAUAUACUUGGCCUUGGAGACAAAAGACCAGUGUGAUCAAGGGCAAGUUACUUAACCUGAGCCCCUGGUUCCUCAUCUAAAACAUGGAAUGGAUCAUUAUAAGACCUGGCUUAUAAGCUGUAAUGAGGUGAUCCAUGUAGACACCUUAGGGCUAUUGCCUGAGACAUGGUGGCACUCAGGAGACAUUAGUGAUAAACCCCACAAAACCCAUUCCAGUUAUUAAGCUCAACGAGGCCUUAGUACUGUUAUUCUUCACUACCUGUCAGAAUCAAAAGUGGCUCAUUUAGAUUGAGAGGCUGGAACAGUCCAAAGCUCUCCCAGCUAAUAAGUGACAGGACUGAGGCUGCAGCCCAGACAUCUGAUUCAUGUCAGCGUUAGUUCCACUGUCACAUAAGAACCACAUGAGUCUUUCCAUCAUGUAACUCGGGAGCCUGUUAGAAAGAGGUGGACAGAUUAGAGAGACAUGUGAAGGGCCUCCUUUUUCAUGAUGGGAAACUGAAGCCUUGGGGGAGUAUUUUACUUACUCAGGAGUAUUUUGCACUUGUGACUACCUCACUAUGCCCAGGACAGAGAAGGCCCAUAGUGCCCUGUCAGGUCACAGGGGCUUGCUGGCUUUUUGUGUCUUUGCAGCCACCUUUAAAAACUGACGUGCAGUACACCUGAGCAUUCUAGAACCUGCUAUACCAGGGCUUAGCCAACAGCAGGCCAAGAGUAGGAACAAGGCAAGAAAAGGUUCUGUGGGGAGACUUGAGCUGGGAAUCAGGGUGUUGGUGCCCCUAGUGAAGACCUAGUGGGCAUCUGUAGGGCACUGCCACCUCUGCUUUUGACCACAGUGCCACUGAGGCAGUGGCCCCCAUUCACCCAAAGACUAAGUAACUUGCCCUUGAUUACACUGGUCUUUUGUGUCCAGGGCCAAGUAUCUGCUUAGGCCUCCUAAGUUCUCUGCAUCUCAGAGCCAUGGCAUUAUCUGCUCAGCAGGAGGCAAGUUCUCCUUAAAGGACUGAGGCUGACUUGGUUCCUGUAGGCAGCCAUCACCUUGUGGUGUCUGGUGUUGGUUGGGGGAAGUGUUUCCUUUAGGUCUGAAGUAAUCAGAGCAGCAGGCCCACCCCUCAGGCAGAGGGCAGCUCUGCCCCUCAGACACAUUCCUUAAGACUAGGGGUUCACUCUCAGUGGGACCUCAGAGUAUGGCCUAGGGUAGGGGAUGGGAGGUGGCUCUGCUCAGCGAGGGGAGGUUAGGUCUGGGCCUGACUCAGGAGUAACUAUGUGAUCUCCAUUACCCCCUCCCA